AUGUCGUCGCAGCCGGUUUCGUCGUCUUCGUCCGUCACGGCCACCGAGCCGGGGCGAGACCUUGAGUCACAAAAGUCCCGGACACUUACCUCGCAUUUCAAGCUGUUGCUGGACCAAGGUGGCGUUACUCCGGAGGUUUUGGCAUGGAGAUACAAGGGCCAGGGAACAGAAGAAGAUCCCUUCGUGGUGGAUUUCCUCGAGAACGACCCCAAGAAUCCCAUGGCAUUCCCGCAAUGGAAGAAGUGGACGAUUACUAUCAUGCAGGCUUGGGCUGUCCUGGCGGUGGCUUUUGUGUCGACAGCGUUCUCGGGAGGAAUCAUCGAGGUGAUUAGGGAGUUUCAAGUGGCUCAGAUUAUUGCCAUCUUGGGAAUCUCUCUUUUCGUUACCGGAUUCGCGCUUGGACCCCUCCUGUGGGCUCCUCUAUCAGAACUGUUUGGUAGACAGAUUCUGUUCUUCGGAACGUACCUGGCACUGACGGCGUUCAAUGCCGGAGCUGCUGCUGCCCCGAAUAUCCAAACCUUGAUCGUACUUCGCUUCUUUGCCGGGACAUUUGGCUCAUCUCCCCUCACCAACGCCGGUGGUGUCAUUGCUGAUAUGUUUUCGGCCUCCGAGCGAGGAAUGGCCACCGCCGUCUUUGCCACAGCACCCUUCCUUGGCCCGAGUAUUGGCCCAAUCGCUGGUGGAUUUCUGGGCGAGGUCUCUUGGAGAUGGGUUGAAGGCCUCAUGGCCUGUUUCACAGGUCUUUUGUGGAUUAUCUGCUCACUGUUCGUCCCCGAGACGUAUGCGCCAGUAAUUCUACGCCGGCGCGCGGAGAAGCUUUCGAAGUUGACAGGUCACUCCUACAUGUCGAAGCUCGACGUUGGAAGACCCCGAAAGACCGUUGGCCAAGAAUUCAGAGUCGCCCUAACACGACCUUGGAUUCUAUUGUUCCGAGAGCCCAUUGUGUUGAUGGUCUCGCUGUACAUUGCUAUAGUCUAUGGUACAUUGUAUAUGCUCUUCGCAGCCUUCCCGAUUGUCUUCCAGCAGCUGCGCGGGUGGUCUCCCGGCAUCGGAGGUCUAGCCUUCCUAGGAGUUGCUGUUGGUAUGAUGAUCUCUGUCGGCUACAGCAUGUAUGACAACAAACGAUACGCAAGGAUCGCUGCUGCCCACGGCGGCCUCGCACCUGCUGAGGCCCGUCUUCCCGGCGCCAUGAUUGGGGCCGUGUUGCUACCUAUCGGCUUGUUCUGGUUUGCAUGGACCAACGGCACGAACGUCCACUGGAUUGUUCCUAUCAUCGCGUCCGGGUUCUUUGGAGCUGGUCUUGUUCUUGUAUUUCUGAGCUUGUUGAAUUAUCUGAUUGACAGCUACGUGAUCUACGCUGCGUCAGUGCUGGCGGCCAACUCGGUUCUCCGAUCCCUCUUUGGUGCAGCCUUCCCACUCUUUACGACAAACAUGUACAAGAACCUGGGAAUACACUGGGCCAGCUCGGUUCCAGCUUUCUUGGCAUUGGCCUGUCUUCCGUUCCCGUUCUUGUUCUACCGUUAUGGAGAGGCCAUCCGACUCAAGUGCAAGUUCGCUGCUGAGGCUGCCGAGGUCCUGGCAAAGAUGCGUGGCAGCACCGCCGACGACGAACCGACUGUUGCUGAACUGGUAGACGUUGAAGAAAAGCAAUUUCCCCACGAGACAACAAGAGGCGUGAUGUCUGACACCAGCACGGUUGUAAGUCAAGCAGGCGUGAUCGACACUCCAAUCAAGAGCCAAGAGAAGUAA